AAAGUUUCAGUCGGCCAAGAAACAGAGUGAGAAAGAGGAAACUAACAGUCGCAGACAAAAUAAGUGAAAAGAAAUUGAAAGCUGAAAGAAGAAGAAGAAGCCGGAGUUUCAAAUUUGAAGACAAAUGGGAAGAACAGAGUAAGGUCUGGUGAAAGUUAUGGCGGAGAGACAAAGAAACGGCAAAAAGAAUGAAGAAACGGAGCCGAAGAAGAAGAGUAAGACAAACUUAAAAUUUAACGGAGGGCUGAUACUGGUAGGCAAAACAGGCGGCCCAUCUACACCGUCGCCUACUUGGCGGCUCGAGCUCUCUUCACUGGAGGCAAACAACAACAACCCUAUUCAAGAAUUUCUGAAUACCAACUCUAAUGUCUCCGCUAGAAAACUUUGCGCCAAUCUUUGGGAGAUUCAGCCCCACCUUCAAUUUCCACUUUCUAAAACCCCCCAUAAUCUCGGUCCCAAAAAGAAGAACAUUGAGCCUACCCAUCUGGUUGACCCUCCUAAUUCCCCACCUCAUCAGCAAGCAAGGGAAAUUCCAUCUAAAAGACGUGUUGCACAACAAACGAAUCAACAUCGGUCAUCCGUUGAUAGAAAGGGUCAUGCCCUAAAGCCUCUAUCUUCUGCCAGCUGUGAUAGCUCUAUGGAGGUUGUUCCUUAUAACCCUCGAACAGCUCCUAAUAGGUCUUUGGACUUAAAGGGCAAGAUGGUGGGUUCGAGUUAUAGCCUCAAGACAUCAGAGGAAUUACUCAAGAUACUGAAUCGAAUUUGGAGUCUAGAAGAAAAACAAUCGUGCAAUAUGUCAUCGUCAAAAUCAUUAAAACUGGAACUACAACAUUCUCAAUUGCAGAUAAAGGAAUUGCUGAAAGAGAGAGAAAGCAACAGGCAGGAAAUGAAUGACAUAAUGAAGGAAGUUGCGGAAGAUAAAGUCGUAAGGAAAAAUAAAAUGCAAGAUCGAAUCAAAGAUGUCAUUCAGUCAGCACAAAAAGAGCUAGAUUCUGAGAGGAAGUUAAGGAAGUACGUAGAAAGCCAGGACCGCAAGCUAGCUCGAGAGCUUUCUGAAGUUAAAAAUGGUUUCUCCAAUGCCUUGAAAGAACUAGAAAGAGAGAGGAAAGCAAGGAUUUUGCUAGAAAAUUUGUGCGAUGAGUUUGCCGAGGGAAUAAGGGAUUACGAACAAGAAGUGCGAUCCCUAAUGCACAAACCUGAGAUGCAUCAUAUUGGUUGCGGAAAACCUGAUAGCUUGGUUCUCCAUAUUUCAGAAGCAUGGCUCGAUGAGAGGAUGCAAAUGAGACUAGCAGAUGCUAACAACGAUUCCACUGAAAAUAAUACAAUUGUAGACAAGUUAAGUCUGGAUAUAGAAACCUUUCUUGAAGCUAGACACCACAAUGGAUUAGAGAAAGAUGAUAGGUUUGGCAAUGAGGCGAUAAACAAUCGGUCAAGGAGAGAAUCGUUUCUUUUAAACGAGACCUUAAGUGCACCUCGAGAUGGAGGGGAUAGUGGUUCGCGUUUUGAACAAAUGAAGAGUGCAGGUAAAAGACAGAGUACAUGCAAUUCUACACGAGCAGGUAUUAUGCCAUCAGAAUGCUAUCUUGAGGAGAAAAUGAAUUCAAAACCUAUGAAGCGAAAGGGCGGGUUAAGAAAAAAUAACAUAGCGGCAUUGCAAGCACGAUUUAGCUUAAAUAGAAAUCAGUCAACGUCAUCCGAAGGUGACAGAAUUCAUCCUGAAAGUGAAAUCAAGGAAGAUACUUGCGUUGAGCCAGUUCUUGCAAGUCCCGUGCAGAAGUGGAUGUCGAAGUUGGCAUCUCCGGAAUUUGAUAAAUCUGAAACUUUAAAGGAAAAGCUACUUGAAGCAAGAUUAGAAGGUCAGAAAUCUCGAUCCAGAAUCGCUAAAGCUGUGUUUUGAGACAUGUAAUUAUGUUAGUUAGAUAUGUCUGAAAUAGCAUUAAGCUUUCUUGCUAUUACAUUUUGUUCUGCAGUGUUUAAGAUUAGCGUAGGUAAGUGAAAUGUUAGUAUUGCAGUUGUAAAUUAUGGAACUAAUUUUGUAGAUGCAAAUGAAAACUAUUUCCAGAAAUGUAAUAGCUUUUGUUUGUUUUAAUGAAAUUAGGCCAAUCUAAAACACUUUCUAAUCA